AUGAGCAGAAUGCAGCAUAAAUGCGCUCUCUCUUCCCAUUGGUCAGCGCCGAGCUCCGCCCCUAAGGACCUGACUGUGAUUGGCCGAGAGGGACGUCCACGAGCCAUUCUGAUUAGCUGGCAGCCGCCGCUGGAGGCCAACGGACGAAUCACAGGUUAUAUCCUGUACUACACGCUGGACAAGAACAUGCCCAUCGACGACUGGGUGAUGGAGCCCAUCGGCGGAGACCGGCUCACGCACCAGGUCAUGGACCUCAACCUGGACAGCGUCUACUUCUUCCGCAUCCAGGCCAAGAACGCCAAAGGAGUGGGUCCGCUGUCGGAGCCUGUGCAGUACAGGACGGCUAAAGUUGAGCAUCCUGACAAGAUGGCCAAUGAUCAAGGUCGUCAUGGAGACAGCAGUUACUGGCCUUCUGACAAUCACCCGGUUGACAUGAGCAGCCUGAACGAGCCUCCCAUCAGUCAGAUGCGGCCGCCACAUGGCAGCGUGACGCCGCAGAAGAACAGCAACCUGCUGGUCAUCAUCGUUGUUUCCGUGGGAGCCGUUACCGUGGUAGUGGUGGUGAUCGUCGCCCUGAUCUGCACCCGCCGCUCGUCCGCACAGCAGAGGAAGAAGCGUGCGACACACAGCGCGGGGAAGCGGAAGGGCAGCCAGAAAGACCUGCGACCUCCUGACCUCUGGAUCCAUCAUGAGGAGAUGGAGCUGAAGAACAUGGAGAAGCCCUCGAGCUCCGCCCCCUCCGGCCGCGAGUCGCCCACCCAGAGCUGCCAAGAGAUGGCACCGGUCAGCCACAGCCAAUCAGAGAGCCAGAUGGGCAGCAAGAGCAGCCACUCAGGUGCAGAUGGAGAUGAAUCUUCCAGCAGCAUUUCCACGUUAGAGCGAUCGUUAGCCGCCCGCAGGGCCACGCGCACCAAGAUGAUGAUUCCCAUGGACUCUCAGCCCAGCAACACACCGGUGGUCAGUGCCAUCCCGGUGCCCACGCUGGACAGCAGUCAGUAUCCGGGCAUCCUGCCAUCGCCCACCUGCGGAUUCACCACACACCCCAAAUUCACCCUGCGGCCCAUGCCUUUCUCCACGCUGAGCGUCGACCGCAGUUACGCUGCCGCGAUGUCAGCGGAGGGCGCCGCUCCAAUGGCCCUGCAGCAGCCACAGCCUCUGAUUCCCACGGCACAGUCGGAGCCGUCGGGGUCGGAGGAGAUUCCCAGCCGCACCAUCCCGACCGCCUGUGUGCGGCCCACGCAUCCCCUGCGCAGCUUCACCAACCCACUCCUGCCUCCACCCAUGGGCACCAUCGAGCCCAAGGUCUACACGCCCAUGACAGGUGGGACUUUACCCAAACCACAGGUGAAGACGGCAUCUCUGGGUCAGGCCGGGAAGGCCCGCUCUCCGUUACUGCCCGUGUCAGUGCCGACCGCUCCGGAGACGGCCGUAGACGCACAGAAGCAAGCAGACGACCCAGCCAGCGUGUACGAGCAGGACGAUCUGAGCGAGCAGAUGGCCAGUCUGGAAGGUCUGAUGAAGCAGCUCAACGCCAUCACGGGUUCGGCUUUUUAACGCAGGCGCAGACGAGCGAACGCCUGGAACGAGGAAGUGGCAUUCAC